CAUGGACGGGGCCCUGAGCUUCCAGAGGCUCAGGGAGUGCCUUCCAGAGCCCAGAUGGCAGGGUGGUUUACCCUGGGGCAGGACAGAAUCAAGUGGCUCCUCUUUGAAGAAAAGAAGUCUUAGUUGUUCCCUGUCACUGAGAGGCGGUGACCCAGGUCACACUCACACCCACUGACAUGUGUUUGCUCCAGGUGGGCACGUAUAGCUCAUCUCCACCCACCUCCUGUCCCCAGUUGAUGGUCAGGGGCUGGCUGGAACCAGGGGGUUCCCUUCUGAAGACCUCUCAUGGUGUGGGGUGUGGAGCGAGCUGGCUGGUAUCCCGAGGGUCCACCUUCCCCUGUGAUAUCCCACAACCUCCAAGCCUUGGCCUCCUGCUACCAGCCACUGCCCCUGUUCCCCGGGCCUCAGGGGCCCCUGGAGCAGUCCUCAUGGGUGGGGGUCAGGGUGGAAUGUGGAGCUCUGUGCCACGGUCGCCCUUGUCCGUUCACAGGUGUGUCUGCCCCAUCGUUCCUGCACUGUUUCUCGCUGGCCAGUGCAGCCUUCAAUUUGCAGGUUGCCACUCCAGGGGGGAAGGCCAUGGACUUUGUGGACAUGGACGAGAGUAGUGCCCGCUGGGUCCAGGACUUCCGCCUCAGGUCCUACGCCAGUCCCGCCAAGCUUGAGUCUAUCGACGGGGCCCGGUACCAUGCCCUCCUCAUCCCCAGCUGUCCUGGGGCCCUGGCUGACCUGGCCAGCAGCGGGUCCCUGGCCCGUAUCCUGCAGCAUUUCCGCUCCGAGAGCAAGCCCAUCUGUGCUGUGGGCCACGGCGUGGCCGCCCUGUGCUGUGCCACCAGCGAGGACGGCGCGUGGGCAUUCCAGAACUACAGCAUGACUGGGCCCUCAGUGUAUGAGCUGAUCCGAGCACCCGGCUUUGCCCGCCUGCCCCUGAUCGUGGAGGACUUCGCCAAGGAUGCAGGCGCCAGCUUCAGCGCCAGCGAACCGGGCGCCGUACACGUGGUGUUGGAUCGUCAUCUGGUUACUGGCCAGAAUGCCAACUCCACCGUGGUGGCGGUGCAGAACCUGCUCUUCCUCUGCAGCAGCCGCAAGUGAGGGACUGCGCCCCCGCCAGGAGCCCCACCGCAGGCUGAGCCCUCCUUGCCCAAAGGAGUCAAGGACUGACAGGGGCACCCCACCAAGGCCGAUCAGUGUGAUGGGAGUCGGGCGCUGGGGGAGCCCAGCCAGAGCCGUGGGGACCAGCAUGACCGUGCACCUGGUCAUCAGGACAUGUCCUCUUGAGGAAGUAGUGAGGGGCCACCCCCCAGCUCAGACUGCCUGCCGAGGUCCUGGCUGAAGCAGCGUCUUCGUCCUGGUUCAUUGGAUGGUGGGGGCGUUGUAGGGGACUGACCUGUGGGCACUGCUGCUCAGCCACACCGCCCUCCAGACUAACCAUGGUGCAAGGCACGGGGUCAGCUGGUGGUCUCCAGAGAAGCCUGGCCCCACCUAGCCCUACGCUCGGUCCUUCCUCUCGCUGCCCAUGCACCAUUAGCUGAGACCUGCCUGGCCAGGAAGCCCCGGCCCCUCUCCUCGGCAUGCUCUGGCUAGUUCCAUGCCAGGUCACCACCGUGGUGACAGGCCCUACUCAGAAAAGGUCACAUCUCAGGGCGGACGGUGCUGACCCAGUCCCCACAGCCCUGCUUCCAGGGGCCAAGUACUGCCUGGUCUCUUCCUGAGGCCCUGUGGGGAGGCAGCAGCUGGAGUCUGAAGGGGCUGGGGCAGUGGACAGCUGUUCCCCAGGGCUGAUUAAGAAACAUCCCUGUAUCUGGCUAAGAGAAAUAAAAGCCUCCAUGCCAUGUUGUGGGCAGCAGCCCCAUGUGCCA